CUCCACGCGCAGAAAGCGGAAAUACACUUACUGACUUGAAGCUGAGGUUUAUGUCAGUUACUACUACUAAUUAUUAUUAUUAUAAUAAUCGCUACCAUAAAUACAUAAUUUCAUUACGUUUAAGAGGAAUUCAUAUGGAUAGCCUGUGAGAGGAUUCCAUUCUAUUCCAUUCCAUUCCAUUCCAUUCAAACCACCCUGGCACCAAUUCCAUUGGAAACUUUAUUUCGAGUAUGACGUUCACCAUGCUGAGGCCUAUGGCGACCCACCUGAUUUAUCCUGACCUGAGCAGGAUGUCCGAGGACGAGGAGAAUCGUAGCGAGAGUGAUGGCAGCUCGGAACAGAGCUACGGAUGCUGCGCCGGUGUCACCAAGCGCCGGAGGGUGGCCCAUUUGUCCGGUGUCAGUGGAGUUGUUCUGGUUCAGCAGCGGAGCUCUGCCAACGCAAGAGAGCGUGACCGGACCCAAAGCGUCAACCUGGCGUUCACCGCACUGCGAACCCUCAUACCCACUGAGCCAGUGGACAGAAAGCUCUCCAAAAUUGAAACUCUUCGCUUGGCGUCUAGCUAUAUCUCACACCUUGCUAACGUCCUACUAAUUGGAGACGGCAACGGAGAAGGACAGCCGUGUCUAAGCGCCGUGUACAGUACAGGAGACGGAGACACGAAACAGCCCAGGACAAUAUGCACAUUCUGCCUUAGUAACCAGAGAAAAGGGGUGAAAGACGGACGGGACUGUUUAAAGAUGAGGGGUGUCAAUCCGCUGCACAUGAGCUGCAGAUAACUGGAGGCAGAACCCAGGUGGGAAACCCGGGGAGAGAACCGGUCCAUACAGAACCGUGCACAGGGCCAAGAGCGGAACGGAGCCAGAACGCGAACAGCGCCUGGGGAAACGCGGAGGAGCUAGGCGUGAGGCGUGAACAGAAAACUGUUUCAGUUACCAAACAGGAGAGGAUUCAAGACUCCGGAACAAACACUUUUAUGUGGGGCAUAAGUUUGAGUUCAUUAUUUGUAAUUAUUUUUCAGACUGUGUAUUUGUGUUUGUGUUGUUUCAGAAUUUGUAUUGAGCAUUAUGUAUCAUUUGUGACAUUUUUACAAAACCACAGAACAGAUUUCUUGUAUAUAUCUUACAUUUCUUGGACAAUGAUAAACUACAGUAUGUAGUUAUUUGCUGUCAAAAGUAUUAACGUAUUAAACGUAUUUUUAAAUAAUAAUAUUUUCUUUUUUCGGCACACCCACCACCAGGGUGAAAUAAAUGUCAUUUCUUCCAGAGGCCUAUCCCUAGGCAGGAGGAAUAAGUAUCCAACAAGGAAUACGCUCAGGUUAAAUAGGUUCAUUAAUAGCCGAUUUGCCUUGGCCAUAUGGACAUUAAGGCGUUUCAGUCUCAUCAGGGGAGUUCCUUAUGAGCCUGGGGCCUUCGCAGCCCAGCUUAAACUGUGACAUGUGCUGGCCGAAAGGCAUUAUGGGAUACUUUCUUUUCAUACACUUAACACCAAGA